GCUCGUGCUAAUAAAAACAGAGGGCUAGAGCUAGGCAGGAAAGGAAGGAGGCGACGACGUUAAAUCGGCUGUAAACUUGUUUUUCGCCCAUUCACAUUUUAAAUAUUAUUAUUAUUUUACAGAGAAGCUCUCAGCACGGCAGCGGCAACAGCUAUUUCUAAAAAAAUAAUUGUUAGUUUUGGUUUAGUUGCUUAGUUUCUGAACACCGUUUUUCGCAUUUUAGCUAGCUAGCCGACUGUUUGACGCAUUAUGUAUGCACACCACCAGCUAACCUACAAACAAAGAAAGACAUUCGAGGAGAGAGUACAAGAAGCAGAAUCGAUCCGAAAGAUGCACCCUGACAAGAUCCCUGUGAUCAUUGAGAGGUACACCGGAGAGAAGCAGCUCCCCGUCCUGGACAAGAUCAAGUUCCUGGUUCCGGACCACGUCAACAUGGGGGAACUCAUCAAGAUCAUCAGGAGGCGCCUCCAGCUGAACAGCAACCAGGCCUUCUUCCUGCUGGUGAACGGGCAGAGCAUGGUGUCCGUGUCGGCGCCCAUCUCGGAGGUGUACGAGCGCGAGCGGGACGCAGACGGCUACCUCUACACGCUGUACGCCUCCCAGGAGACGUUCGGCGCCGCCCCGUGAGCCGCCAUUCCUCCACCCGGCUCGGUGAUUUGGAACUCUGGUAGCUCGUAGUCUUCCCCCUUCCCACAUUUUCCCACCAUGCACCUCUUUUAGGCCUACAGGUACAAACCGCUAACGGACGGAGCGUUGGAUCAUGUGAUCUGGUGUAAAACUGAUCCCAGAACUGCAGAGUUUACGUAGAGAAGCGACUCGGGUCCAUCGGCGGGUUUUCGUUCAGCUCUGCUCGCUGUCAUGUUGAUGGUGUUUACCGUCAGUGUUGUGGCUCCGCCUCUUCUCUGCUGUGUCGAUAUGAAAACGUAAACAACUCAUCAGCCCGAACAGUCAUCAGAGUAAAAGGUGUUUGGAUCCAUGAGGUUUUAGUUCAGAUUUUUAUGCAUCGUUUGUUUUAUUUUUAAAAUCUUUUUCCUCGUCUGCCUUGAAGCGUCUUCACUGUAACACCUUCUGCUCCCAGAACAGACGGGUGUAGUUUACAGCUAACGUAUAAACAUCAUAGAUCGUAGAAAUGCCUUGACGUGCAGAUAUUUGAGUGUAACCAAGUGAGACGAGGAGCUUCGAUGAUGUUUUUGUAAAUAAAGGGAAAGGUGGAGGUUGUUUUCUCAUCUUCCUCAUUUUUUAUUUUUGUUUUAAUUAAUCCCCACUGAGCCGCAGGUUCAAGUUUUUGUUUUUUUUGUGCUGGAUCGUCACACUUCCUGUUUGGUCCUCCUCGUCUAAACGUAUUUGAGUUUAGCUGCUUGAU